AAACCUAACCUCAACUCACUGCAUUAACUAUUUUUUUUUUCUUCAUAUUAAUGUACGAUUGCCGUUGCACAUAUAUAUAUAUAUAUUCAUUUCAUGCUUGAAGAUGUUCAUUAAAUCGCUGCUAUCAUCGUAUGAUCGUAAAUCGUAAACGCGGCACAGCUGAAUAGAGUGCACGCAUUCGCAUCUAGAAUGUGAACAUACAUUUCCACGAGUUUCUAGCGGGCUAGUGCCUCGACGACUCAUUUUGGAUUGCUAUCCGAGAGCAAGCUCUCCAGCAUUUUCUACGGGAGGUCUGCACGCGCCAUGCAAAAGCAGUGUUGUGACCUAUGUAGUUUGUGAAUGCAUACACGUGAGGCGCGAAAAUUAUACCGUGUGCAUGUACAUAUUUCCGGUUUGUAAAGAUUCGUGUAUAACGAAACUGAACGAAACAUGUCCAUCGAGACACGAAUUGUGUCUUAAAUUAACCAUUGCGUCAGUAUAUGUCUGUGAAUAGAAAAAAAGCGCUUCCAAAGAUAAAACUUCGAAUUGGUGAUUCGAAAGUACGGGGGAUUCGUGAUUGAUUAUAUUCGAAUUAUUCAGUAGUGCAAAUUAUUCGAUCAUUCGUAGGAAGUAGUGCCAUUUUAUCACAACGGGGAAAUCUUUUUUUCUUUCUUUUAACGAACGACUAAACCAGUUUCGAAAUCGUGGCUAACUGACUGACGAUAACUGACUGAAGAUUAUUCGAAUAAUAUAAUAAGAUAAACGGCUGCGUUGCGGCUGGUUCUUCUCCUUAACGUAUUAAAAGUAUCAUUUUCUCGAACACGCUUACACAGAUUUCAUUUUUGUCGAUCUAUCGUGCGAUCAGAAUGUCGGUAAUCAUUAUAUUGUACCUGUGUAUGCAUUUGGUGAAUUUAAUUCACGGUUCUACGCUGGUUGCUCCCCCUCUAUCGGUGGUGGUUGUCGCUUUCGAAGAUAUAUAUGACUUAUCAUUACUGGCCAACUCCUUGUCGGAUCAAGGGAUCGAUGCCACGUUGAUCAUACCGGCGUCCAGCAAGGGCGAACUUUAUGAAACUUUAAUCGACGUCGAAGUGCUCACAGUGAACGUCGAGGCCGAAGAAUUUGCGAUAACGACUCAAGCCUGCGAAGCAUUAUUGAAAGACGAAGAAAUCGCGAGGAAAAUACAGGAGAUCCAACCAAUCUUCGUUAUAUUUCCUGCAUUCAGGCACGACGGAUGUUUGCUACCGUGGGUAAAAACUAUCGGAUCUAUUCCAGUGAUAUGGACGCGUAAUCAUGAAGAAGAGAUAUAUGUUUUCGAAUAUUCCGGUGCCGCUUUUCCGGUUCAGAGUGCAGGAUUUUGGACCAGGUUGCGGAUGACUAUCGCGAGGAGGUCAAUAUUCUCUACAGCUCGAGACGAAUACGCAGCACAUGCUCUCCGGAUAGCGGGAAAAUAUUUGCCAGAUACUGGUCUCAAUUUAGAUAAUCUGUAUGCUGAUGUUCGCCUUAUACUUUGGGGCGCUGAUGCUAUCCUACGCUUAGAUUAUGCACCGCUCACUCAGCUGAUAGUGGAAAUCGGCUGUCAUCACUGCAGAGGGGCACAUCCAUUACAAAGUGACUUGCACAAGGGCCUGAUCGAAUAUCGGCUGGGUACUAUCGUGGCACUUCUGGAUGAAAAUUACGAGACGUUAAUUAAAGAGCUUGCACAAAAAUUGCCUCAAGGCAGGCAGGGUCAAGCAGUGGUUUGGAAGAAUGUGAAAUGGCAGAACUCAAAUGAUGCUCUGCCAGAGAAUCUUUUUAUUCGCUCGAAAAUUGAUCGACAAGACCUAAUAGGGUAUGGACGUACAAGAGUGGUGUUAAGUCACUGCGCAGACACAGAGCUCCUAGAAAUCGCCUUCCAUGGAACUCCAGUCAUAUGCUUUCCCAGAAAUUCUAAUGAAUUUAAAAACGCUGCGCGAGCGGUACAGUUGGGCUUUGCACAUUCCGCUGAAGAGAUUAAUAUCUCGUCCAAUGAAGAAGUAGCCAAUAUUGUGACUCAGAUUCAUGAAACCAUGGACUACCGCGAAAACGCUAGAAAAGUAUCUUUGGCCAUUCGCGAUAGAAUAAAUCCUGCUGUGGAUAGAUUAAUUUAUUGGCUGCGUUACAUGGCCAGAGCGAAGGAUGAGAACUUGAACUUCUUGGCUCCAAUCAGACCAGCAAAAACCUUGAACGAAGAUCUUCAGUUUUUCCUCGGUCUGUUUGUAGGUGCUAUAGUUGGAAUAUUUUUGGCAGUAGGUUGCAUGUUAGCGAGAUAUUUGAUCGUAUCUAAAAGAACGCAGAGAUCAAAAGGAAGAUAUACACGAUGAAAAUACGAUUGACUUGAGAGAGAAAAACAUAAAUAAAUAACCGAUGGGAUGGAUAAUUACGGACAUUUUUCGCAUAUGUAUUUAUAUAAAUGCACGUUGAGUACAGGUACAUACAAAUACAAAUGUUACGAGCUAGGGUUUAUCUCAUUACUAAAUGUAACUAUUAUGAGAAUACUUGAUCGAUAAGAUUGAUUGAUUGACUGAUUGAUUGAUUGAUUGAUUGGGAAAAAGCUAGGAAAUAUGAUGUGGCGUGUUAUCGUCGACGAGGAGAUAAAAAUAAAUUACAAUUUGU